CCGUGAAAGCAAGUAAGAAAUUUCAAACGUCCUAAUCACUUGAUCUCAGAGGAACCAUCUUUCCCACCUAUGUGAUGCCCCACACAAUUAUAAACGUAAAUAUGCUUUAAGUCAUUGAAUCAAAAUCACACCUCGUUGCAUUACAGUGACCGGAAAGCAAACACAAGAAUGUGACUUAUAACCAGGUUAGAAAUGAAAGAUAUUUGAAAUGUGGUGAGGCGCCUCUGUUAUCAUCAUCAUCAUCAUUAUUAUUUUUAUUCUUAUUGUUUUCAUUAUGACAGGCGCCCCGCUUCCCCUUAGGUGCCUUCUUUCUUGGCUGUUCUUGGCCUGGUACCAAAGUAAAUAGAUACCACACCUUUGAAGCUCCAAAUUUGUCUCGGACGUUCUUAGUAUUUUCUUGUCUUUUCAUUUUCUGUUUCUUUGUUUUCAACGAGGGCAUCUCUUGCUACUAGAUGGCAGUGAGUGCAGCCUCGUAAUUUCUCCUUGUUCUGACUGAAGUAGCACUGAACUCUGCUUUUUGCUUAAAUGUAAAGCGUCACGCAUGCACAUUCAGCGAAUUCCUCAAAAUGGCGACGCAUGUAGCUGAUUGAUCCAAUCUCGGGCGUUUUCCGUCCAAAUGGACACCUCCAGGUUUUAUUUCAAAACUGCUCUGUUAUUUAUGACGCAAAUAAGGAAGCCUUGACAUUGUUUUGUUCUGUAUUUUAUGAACAUCCGAUGCUCUCUGAACUCAUUCGAUAACGUAAAUUGGCCUCCGUAAACAGUUUCUGAAGCUGACGUUUCAAGCGUCAGCCCUUCGUCAGCUUCUCUUAACAGACAGUCUCGAAAUGGGACAUCUCUAUGAUUGAGCACUUUCACAAGAUCCUGUCUGAAGUCUCUUUAAAGUCUCUUUUUGCACAUUUCCGGCGUAUAGAGCGGACGUAAACACCUUAAAGAGUUUGUAUUUAAACAUUUCCUCUGAUCAUGAUUUCAGGCAUCUGCAAGCGGACACCCGAAAGAAAAUUCCGGUAGCUUUUGAAUCUUAUUUUCGUUUUGAUUAAAAAUGUCUCUGGCCGUCGUGCUAAUUUUACGGCGCAUUGAUUACAGUACCAUAUUUAAAAAUUUGUUUUGUCACCAUGUUUUGUCCAAUGGGCAGAUGAACAAGCUCCCUUUAGCGACCAUCUUUCGAUAACACCUCUAAUGGCUGCCUACGAGAAUAGUUCUCGUCAGAUAGUUAUGAACAAUUUUCAGUCACGUGUCGUAAGGGUGUCUGUCUUCAAGGCGUUUCAAAAUAAAGAGGAAUCCGCGAGAGUAACAUGGGGAUAAGUAAUCCGCGUAGGGGGAAAAGCUCAUUUUUAUCCUUAAAUGCCAUUUUGAUCAGUUUUAUAGUUCUCAAAAAGUGGAAAGAAACACUCCACUGCUUUUCCUGUUUUCUACUAAGCUUCUUUUGUGUCCUUCCCGUGUGCAUUGCAAAGUGUCAGAGCAUCCAUACCAGCUCGUUUAUAUGCGAAUCACAUAACGUAUCACUGAGAAGUCUUUGCUUAGAGAGAGAGAGAGAGAGAGAGAGAGUUGAUUGUAACUAAAAUACUUGUGUAUUUUAUGUGCUGUACCUUCCCUCUCGAUGUUGUAGCACUAUGUUACCUAUUCUACGUGGGAUAAUUUCGGGCUUGGAAGUAUUAAAAACAAGGAUCAACUCGAACUUUUUUAUUGUCUUCUUCUCCGCCCUAGUGAGAUCAGAGCUUGAUGACGCACAACGUGAAUUGUUCGAUAAUACACUGAACAAAUAAAAUAAUAAUUGUGGCAGAAACUCAAUCGCGCUUUACUGAGACUGUUUACGGAGAAGGCGACAAUUGUGUUUAGUUACUGAUAACCGGGACCCAUAAAAAUGGAGACUGUCGUUAACAUCUUAUUUCAGCCAUUUCUUCCAUACGAGCACCCUUGAAAAUACGCACUGGAUAUUUUUGUUAUGGAUUUGUCGUUUGCAUGCAGACGGAUAACAAACAGGUGUUUAUAAUACGUUUGUGUUGUCAAUCCCUGUUUUCUAUUUUUUUUUCUUCAAAUGAUUGGUAGUUGACGAUCCAAUCGUCGCGGUUUCCGCUCUCAGACCACGCAAAAUUUGUUCAGUUCACGUCGUUGUUUUGCAAUGGGCGGCUGGGAAAUAUGCAAAAUUAAAAAAAGACAGGCAGUGUUAUCUUUCCGUUCCGCCGCACUAAAUCUGUUGUUUCGACGCGUUCGCGUUGCUGUCCCAUCGUGAUUUGCCCGAGGCCUUUUAUGAACUCAAACUCAGACCUCUCAAUCGGAGUUCAAUUAUUCAGUUGAACGCUUGCCAGGAGCCAAAAAGGUCACAAAGAUCUUGGUUUGAACUUGUUGAUUUUAAAAUCAUCCUGUUAGCCUACCUUACCUUUUUUUUUAAGUGGGGGAGGGGUUGAGAAUGAGGAUGAGUAUUCUUGAGAAUUUGGGCGAAUGUUUUCUUUCGCGCUUAUAGUCUGGAUACGCAAGACAAUAAUAAGUUUCAAAGGAUGCAGACAGUUGCUAGCUGUGUCUUUGUAGCAUACUUCUAUCUGUUAAAAUUGAUCAGAACCUUCAAAAAUGAGGCACGUAUGUAUGCACACAUCCGAUGAAUCCACAACUUAUUACAUACUCUACCUUUUAGGCACAAUGCAAACUCCGAGGUUUAGGUGCAAACUUGCGAUUUCGUCUGGUACUGCGGCUUCUUCUUUGUGUAGGAGACACAGGACACGUCACUGAAUGGUUCACUGGUAACUUAUACACUUUUUUUUUGUGAAAACUGCUUUCGCAGUAUACUAUUUAAUUUGUAAACUUCUUUUACCACACAAAAAGGACUCUGGCUCUACAAAGGGAAUUAAAACUGAAACAUCUUUUGCCUCAAAAAGCCCCAUAUUAAUCGACUCAGAAUGAAAAUCAAAACAGAAACUGAUAUCCGUGAAAAUACACUUAUCUCUAAAACAAAAUAUGUAUUUUUUCCGUGUGUUCACUUUUGUGUCGCGUACCAGUCAGACAAAUGGCUCUGUUACAUGAAAAAUGACGGGAAGCCUAAUUCGUUGAUGGAACAAAACCCAUGCAACAUUUUUUCAGAGGGCUCCAACAACUUAAUACGCUUAUUUAGUUUUGCCAAAGGAUUUUUUUUAAUUUUCACUCACUGCAGUAUAAUAUUUAUUUUCUUUGUGAUCGUAUAUUUUCACCAAACUUGUUUAUCCUUAAUGUUUUCGUCUCUGAUAUAAUUGGCAAACAAGUAUCUUUAAGAUGUGUCGUUUAUUUCUUAAUAUUUUUUAGUGAACUUCUUAAUUGAUUUAGUUGUUUACGUACUCACUCAAAGACAAACUUAAUAUUUUCUCUAGGCCCUUAAAAUCCAUCGGUUUUGCUGUUAGAAAAUGUUUUAGUUCUUAGGCUAAACAGGAGGAGUCAGUCACAUAUCAAAUAGAUCGGUCUGAAAUCAAGUGAGUCAGUCUGCUGAAGUCCUAGGUUGUACAGAAAGAAAAUCAAUUUGCCGACCCCCCUUGGGACAACACUAAUGUAAAAACAUGCUUCGUGUUAGUUUUUCUUUUUGUGGAGUUUUUUUUUCCUUAGUGUGGAGAUCCAUCCGUUGUUUCUUGGCGUAAAAUGUUCAAUAACAUAACUGUGAACAUCAAGCGUUGUACUUUGUUUACUCAACGUUUCGCUGGGCCACGUGCGAGUCGUGCCGAAUAUUAGGUAAACUGAUGCACUUCAGGGGCCCGUUCAUAAUGAAAAAAGUUAAUAGAGCGUUCUGAAAACGCCAAACAACAACAACAACAGCAACAACAACGAACAAACAAGCAAACAAACAAAUUCCGUUCCCACUGACACUGAUAACAGUUGUUAAACUCACUGGAACGACCCUCCGGCGGCAGAAACGCAAAAUUAGGGUUUUCUAAUAAACAGCAGUAGCCAUAGCCAAAUCAGCUCUAGUUUCAAAAUGUUUCCCGUACGAAAACGAAAAUUUAAGUCGAAUUUUUCAAAUUUAUCCACUUUGAGCUCGAGACCAACAUUUCAGCUAUUGGCUGUAUUUUUGUAACCAUGAUCAUCUAGAAAUCCUUAAAUGUUCUAGAAUACCUCAAAUUUUUUAAAAAUUUUCCAAAAAUUUCGUUUAUCUCUAAAAAUCCUAAAGAGAAAUCUAAAUUUUUGUAUCUAGCCCUGGAUCGGAAUGGCGUGGAAUGGGUUGGGGGAACGUAAAUUUCACACUUCCAGGGAUACUGACGGCACUUGAGACGGUGCAACUACUUUACGUGCCUUUAAGGAAGUUGGCAUCUCAUUCAUACCAAGAAAAGUCAUUUCUGUUAUUUCUGUGCGACUUAACAAGUUCUUUUUGAGCGUUUAGCAGCACCUUACUGGAAUGGAAAAAACUGCUUAAGUCUAUUGAGUCACAAAUGUGAAAAUUAGCAUCAAUGCCGACUACUUAGAAACAAUGUCCAGAAUAUGUAUGUAAUUUGCGAAAGCAAUUAUGGUUGUAAGCAGUGCAAAUGAGGAGUCUUAACAUAUUCAGUGCUGGGAAGAAAACUUUCCUCGUUAGGUGUUCAACAAGUAAACGUUUCCUCACUGUAAGCUGCUUUCUUAUCUCUAAAAGCUACGUUUUAUGACCGGAAGGGCGUUUUUUGCUCCCCCAGUUCAGGCUCAGCAUUGACGCAGUGAUACCGAAAAUCCAAGAGGUUGGCCUGUUCAUUACCUUGUUAAAUUUAGACUUCAUUGUUCAAAAUAAAAACUAGAAAAUAACUCAACUUAGUGUUGGCCAUGUGUUUGUUGAUCACGUACUUUAAUAAUUUUAUAUUUCAAGUCACGUUCGUGUUUUGUUCCAAGUUAUAGGACUAAUUUUCGUGCCUUUUUAUCGACACUUUUUCAACCCAUUUGACGUCAAUACUCGCAUGGAAUUCCAUUGAUUACCCGAUAAAAAUGUUCAAGUUUAUUCUUGAAUAUUGAUUAGUAUGACACCAAUAUGCGAAACACGCACAUGCAGCUUUCCUGUUGUUAAAUGAGCGAUUGGAAAAGUUAUGACUUCCAUUUUGUGUUCCCUGAUCUUUUAAUAAACCAUUUGGUGAAAAAUGAGUCAUUUUAAGUGGUACUAACUCAGCGUGGGGGGCUCACAUAAGAGAACCACUCGUCGUGCCAUUCAGUUGUUUGUGACAAAUGCAUCCUUUGUAACCUCAAACAAAAGGCCUGUUAUGUUUGUAAGAAUAAAACAUAAGUCCAUUUGAAUGUAGUCCGUUAAAUCUAAAAGCCAUAAAGAUUUGCAAAAGAAUUGAUUUCAAUUUUUGCCUGGUUGAGCUGGUUGUGGCGUUUUUCUCGUGUGUCGAGUAGAUUUCCGCUUUACACCAUUUGUUUCUUAUCUAUUCUUGACACUGCACAGUGAUUCAUGUAUAGAGCUCUCUUGGGAAAGUGACCUGGUCAAAGAAGCACUUGGUAUCCAUGGUAUUGCACCAAAGUGUCGGAGCACGACGAUUGUAUUUUCUGAAGAGGUUCCCUUUUGAAACGUCUGUCAUCCAUCAUUCUAGGCCUUCGACACAAAUUGAGGUUUUGUGAGAAGCAGCACAUCGAAAGAGAAUAUACAAUAGCGUAUUAGCGCUUAUUUUAAAGGUAUUUUUUUGUCAUAGCUUUUCGUAUUUAAUAUUCUGACAAAAGUAAAUGUAUUUGAUUGCAAAUGAAGAGGUCUUAAAGUUAAGAUUUGGUUGUGAAAAUGUAACUGAUACCUCAUUUUUUACUGCAGCUUUGUAGGAAGUAAAGAAAGAGACAGGAAACCUGAAUUGAAGUGAUUCAGAUACAGCAUAUAAAGAUCUGCAACCUUGAUAGAAGUGCACGUACUUAGCGGUGAGUGUAAUCAAGUUUUCUCUCGUGUUAUGAAAGUCCCAGCUAGUGGUUUGAAUGUGUAUUGUUAUGUUGUUUUGCUGUUGGCAAACACUUCGUCAGUCUCUUCAACCUGGGACGUUUAAAUUAAUAUUGCAAACUAUCAAGAAAGUGUUUUAACGUCCAUAUUUCAGUGAAGCAUAUCUAUUUUCUCGGCCUCAUUUCUUAGAAAUAAAUAGACCGUCAUCUGGCAUCAACAAUUCCUUUCUCCCCUUAAAAAUUAAAUAUUUAUAACCAAUGUCGUAGCUGCGGCCGUUUGCUUCUUCUGAUUUUCUUGGACCAGAGGCAACAUUUUAACCACAAUUUGUUGGGUAGUUAACAAGAAAUUAGUCUCCAAAAUACCAACAGUUACUUUAUGUGAGUACCUGCAGGCGAGCUCAAACGGCUACGUUUUCCGCGCUUGCUUUUGUUCGUGUGCAUAACAUACAGAAAAAAAAGUUCAAAUAUUUCCUCUUCGACUCUAUUUACCUCUCACCCUUAUGUUAAAACGCCGAUUAAAAAACCUUGGUGGUUUCAUUAAACGUUUUAACAACUACCUGAUGCUUUGUUUGUGAGGCAAUGAUAUCGCAAUUGAACUUAACUUCCGACGGAAAAUAUCAUAUCGAAAUUUGCUCAAAAGACAUGCAAUUCGCGUCCCAUAAAUGACAAAGGACGAGCGUAAAUUGAUUAACAUGCUAGUAAUAAAAAAAUUGUGUUUUUCUCAUCUCGUUAAACGUCAAAAGGAAACUUCGCCUCUGGUGUAAAUAAUGUACGUAAUAUGCUGAGCUUUGUGGAAUUUUGGGCGAGAGACAUAAAACAAACUGACGUUGUUUUAACAAGUUAUUUAUCAAAGAAGCUGGAUCCAAAACUGCGAGUCAGCCAUAUGCAGUAUUUACCCAAUGCAAGAUUUGCACAAAAACGAAAUUCGAGUUUAAGAGUUCUUGUUGAAUGAGAUUCGCUUAAUUACAGUGGCGUGUACAAAAACAAUCUAAUCAAAGUGACACCCCGUCUGAAAAACGAUUACUUUUUGUUGCUUUUGCCUCACUGAGAACAAAAUUGCCAGGUGUCUGUCGGUUCUAAGUGUAGAAUUAAUUUCUUUAGGCAUAUCAGGUGUAGUGCAGAUCUAAUUUCUUUCAGGCUCAUCAGGUGCAAUACAUUUUGGAGUUUAGGAAAGAUUUGAAAUCAAAGUUCAUUAUGUAAAUUAUUGACAGCAGGUUUACUUCUGUGCGCCUUUAGGGAUUAGUAUAUAUAUUUUUUGCUGCUUUUACGACGUAAAGGUUUGAGAGAUUUACAGUGGACCUUCUUAGUGUGUAUAAUUUGUAAAUUGAAGUUUUUAGAACCGUUCAAUCCUUUACUAAGUUCUUGCGUUGUUAACCAUUCGUGUCGUUUUCGAUAUUGUCAUGGUUAUCCUGAGCGCUCUGGAGUUUAUUAUUACUAGUUGAAUUGACAUACAAUAUUGGAAUAAGGAAAAUAAUUAAAUAUGAGAGCGCUCUUCGCAGUAAUGAACAUUACUUAGGCAGCAGUAAAAAUAAGGCCGGUAAAAGAUUCAGGCCUGUAUGGGAUUUGAGCUCAUGACCUUUGCGAAACCGGUGCAGAGCUCUUACCAACUCCUGGUAGCUGGUAAUUGUAAACUGGUCAUGUAAUUCGCAGUCACUGGUUCAUCACGUGUUCAAUUACAUGAAAGAGUUGCCCAGAUAGGACCGGUAAUUAUCUGCGAAAUGAAGCGAGGAAUAAAAGAGCGAAGAAAAUUUAUUGCGGACGGAAAGUUCUUCAUCCUUGUUUUUUUGUUCGCUUUACUACGAAAGGUUGCUCUGGUAAAAUUAGACUAUUCUUCGCUUUGAAGAAGGGUUCACGCUCGAAACUUCAAAUCCUUUACGGUGGCUAAUUUACUUUUUCAUCUCAGCAGACAAAACCAAAUUACGACCAAAUCAUCUUGCUAUACCCGCGUCUGACGUAGCAACCCACUUUCUUUCGAAAAUCGCCCCCCGUUAUACUCUUCUUAGUGGGCGUUCGUAUUUGUUUUUAUAAUUAUUUUAGAAUUCCGGGGCAUUUUGAGACUUUUAUUUCAUGAAUGAACUGUAAGAGUAAGAUUUGAACAUGUUUGUGGAGAAUUACUUGCAAGUACACCCAGGAAGCCGGCUUAGGUCCGGUUCAUGACGAGUCGCAAUUAAAUUCUGGUAUUUUCGUCUCCUCUGAGAGGCUUGAAAUCAAAAGGCGUUUAUGGUUUGAGACUUUUUGUAGGAAAAAUGUAGAUAAAAGUAAACUGAACACGUUUUUAUAGAAAAAUCUCUUCUGAGGCAGAGUGAUUUUUCGGAUACAAAGAGCAGUCGUUGCCUAAAAUAAAUGUAAGAAAUAGUGCAAAUAUUGUUAAAAAAAAAAAAAAAAAAAAGGAAGCCGACCGAUGGGAAAUUGAAACAACACUUUUCUAUUGUUUUUGAAUCUUAGCGUUUGGUUUUCAUUUACAAUUUGUUUCAUGAAGUGGAAAAUCCGAAACGUUGAUUGUUUGUUGAUAUUUUCAUGAGUAGUUUCUCGUGCCAUAAUGAGCCGCCGGCACAGUUCGUCUGAGAUGCAGUUAGAGGUGAAACCAUUACGUCAUGGAACAUUGAAAGCCAAUUAGAGAUUUUGUGGAAUCAAUCGAAGGCUACAUCGACAGACAACACCUCCGCCAUUUGCGAGCGUGAAGUUAGUAACCCUGAGCAACGAAGAAGAAAAACUGUUUUCUUUAAAAAUAUGCCAAGCUAUUCUCAAGUAAUACAGAUUAACUGAUAGCUAAUUCAUGAUUCCCUUGCCCUUCACAACCCCCAUUUUCAUAAACGCUGUCUCGACAUUUCUUAACUUAAUAGAAUUUUCAUGGACAGACAUGUGUUUAUGUAAGACAAAGAGGGCAAUUAAAAGAUAAGAGUUAAAAUUUAUCAUGAGAAUUUCAAAUCAGUUUCAUUAAGACCCAAACUAUUAUCAUCACAAUAAUUCAAAUCCAGUGGCACGGUCAAGGAAGCCUUCUUGAAAAGGAUUUUAUUUUUACAGAGUUUAGAAGUGAAAGUGAAUUUGUUCCCUUCCUGCGGACAUGGAAGACUAAAAACCUUUUAGCAUAAAAUUUUGCAACACUUUUAUUUCGGAAUUUUAAGAUGCGCAUGUCUCGCCACACUUACAGUUUCGCGAUUUUGCGAAACCUUUUGAAUUUUAUUUACUGAAGUUUUGUGUGUUUGAGAGAAACGCAAUUUUCCCUUAAAUUUUCAGUUACACAUGUCUAUGUAUGAAUUAAGUAAAAUAAUUUGCGUUAAGUACAAUUGCAUAAACAGUAACAUAUCGUAUCGAUGAGACUCAACUGCAACAACGUAGAAGGUUCACAUUGUAUUCAAGUAGAUGAUGCUUGUACGUAAAUUGUUCGCCUCUAAAAUGACCUCCAUGAUGCAUGUACACUUCAAACCGUUCAAACUUCGAGUUGAAGAAAAAUACAUUUUUGAAAGAUUUGUUCGCACCAGUAUUUGUUGAGUGAAUGUGAAGAUAUGGAUCAGACGGUAACAGUUCUCUCUCAGUCUAUUUACAUAAUAUCUGCCAAAUGUCAUAUUCGCGAUAUUUACUGUUCGGGUCAACUAAACUUCUUUUUUUCUUUUAAUCUCGAAAUUUGUGAAAUCAAGGUGUUGGAAAGUUUUCAUGUAACAUUCCCAAAAUUCGAUAUGCUAAAACGUUACUGUAGAAAUACUGUCUCUCUUAUGACCUUCCCGCGUUUGUUCAUAGAACAACGUUUGAACCUUUUAUUCAACAUUUAACCUUGGCUUUAAAGAUAAAACUAUGAUUGUUUCCAUGGUGAGUGCACCUCGAGCUCAAGUGGGCGAACGAGGUAGCGGCAGAUCUUAUCUGAAAGAAAUACCUAGCCAUGCGCAAGGGAUUGUGGUCUGCGGAAAGAUCAGAGACGCAGGGAGUUGUUAUUUUCCACAAAUAGGAGAGAUUAUGAUACGCUUUCCACUUGUAUCCUCUUGCCUGCGUCGUUCAUUUCUGUUCAGAGGUGAGAUUUCCCCGCUCGGUAAAUCUCCCAGUUUUUCUUUUUUUUUUCCAAUUGUUUCUUGCUGUUUUUUAUGCACUUUAUCCUUUGUCACUUCUAAUAUCCUUCUUAAACUUUCCUUUUGUUAAUUAAGCCUUUUCUUUAGUAUGCAACAAGGCAGCAAAAUCAUGAUUUUGGUGUGUUUGUAGUUAGUGUUCACCGGGCGUCUUUUUUAUAUUGUACAUAAACCACAACGAAUUAGAAAUUCGAUAUAGAAAGUUUCAAAUUGUUACUGCGGGAACCCUAACAAGUUUUAUUUGUUAUGGACACAGCUUUAAUCAACAUGUGAAUAAUCGUAUGUUCGCAGACUAUACCUCCUACUAAUCGUUUGUAAUUACUGCAACUUGCUGACCGUUUUCUUCAACUCGGCAACAUUUUCUACCAUUCAAGUCGUUGUAAAUUAGCGAGUACCUUGCUCACCUCAUCAAAGCUGACGUUGUGGCCUUUCUCUCAUCUUUCCGCAACCAUCGAUUAAAAAAACUAAUUACAAGUGAUAUUCCAGUUUUUUUUCGAGGGAGGGGGGGGAGACUUAAAUCUUUUAGCGAGAUCUAGAUCGUCAUGUUCCGGUAAGAAGUUUGAAAAUUUAGAUAUAUUGAUAUAUUGAAAGGGGUACUUUGCUAGGAGGAGAACAGAAGUUCUAAUUUUAUCCACGACUGCGUGUUUAAUUCUUGGAGAGUAAUUUUUCAAAAACAACUCUCUCCUGCCCAUAUGAAACUGUUCAUGUAUAGGUGAAAAGCCUCAGACGGCCUGCAGUACAUACUCACAUACGGCAGUAUUUAAUAGAGUGUCCCCCCUGAAUGUCUAGGAUUUGUUUCCCAUUACGUGGGAAACCAGCAAGUAGCGAAUUGCCACUAUGUGAUAAAUUACCACUUUGUGAGGGACAAAACUUUGCACACCCCCGGAGAUUUCUAUGAAGGUUAACGUGAUGAACGUACACUGGUCUCGUGGAAGGUUAAAAGUUUAGGUGCUGUUUUCUACUGUGGCGAGUCACCAAAUAAAUGUGUACAGCGGCUGAAACCAGCUGACUAAGGGCGCUGAAUAAACCAAAUUAUUUUUCUCUUUAUUACUUCCUUUCCAUGCAAAGAUACGAAGCUAAUGAAACUAAAAAUGUUGUGCUUUCAAGUUUAUCUUUCACGUUUAUUAAAAGUUUCGGAUGAAUUUCAGACAACUUUAGCGUGGUUUAGAUUUGGAUGAUAUAUAUGCGAAGACGCCUUAGGCAAAAUAACAGGAAGCGGGGUGAAAAUUCGGUAAAUUGAAGAGAAUAUUAACCAAAUGAAUACGCAGACGUUUUGCGUCUUUGCAUCAUAUCUGUCAUAGAGAUUAGGAAUACACUUCCUUUUAGACGUAAUCUAAAACUAGUUAUACUUUUCUUGUCGUGAAGUGCAAUCGUUUGUCUCACAAUGACGUCACUUCCAAUGAAUAACAGCAAGCGUUUGACGAUAAUAACUGGUGUUUUUUACAGAAUUGAUGUAUUUUUUUCGAAAGUGUUUGCAUUUGUAGAUCGUUAAUUUUCAAUCAACCUCUGCACAGUCUAAAUGUCGCACGCGAACAGAAUUCAAAUGGGGAUUUUCUGCUCUAUUUAAAACCCAGUGGUAGAGAACACUACUCAUUUGUGCAAUUACAGAGGGAUAUUUUCUUGGAUGAGGUAUGAACAAACAGUUUGAAAAUUUCCUAUAUAUGCCACGACAAAUUACACAAUAUGGUUAAGCAGCAGUUCAUUAACAAGUGAGGAGAAGGGUAAAUUUUGGUCUAGAUGUGUAAAUUUGCCACCUUCUCGAUCAAAGGGGUAAAUUAAUGUUAUAUGACAUUUUUAUGCCUUGUAGGCGAAAGUGUCUCCCCGAGCCACAACCUUGUGAUUUUGCUUAGUACCUUGGUGAUGGAUGUUGCCUGUAUUCUGAAGCUUUUAAUCCUGUUUUUGUCUGGGACGGUGUUCAUAAGAGGUUUGUUGGGUUUAUAGCUGAAUAUUUUAUUAAUAACAGCAGCAAACUACAUUAUUUUCAAUUAAGACAAAAAAGCCCUUUUGAAAUACGUCCAAAAAAUUUAGCUGAGGACCUCUGCAUUCGGAAGCUUUUAAUCCUUUUUUUGUCUGGGACAUUUUUCAUUAAAGGUUUGUUGAAUUUAUUAGCUUCCCCUCGCUUUGUUCUUCUUUGUUAUUUAGUUUUUAAAACAAAAACUUGUUUUCAAAAAGUGAAAAAAAAUGAAACCGAUUUUGAGGGCAACAGAAAAGACUCUUAUACCUUAGGAAAUAAGGGACAAUUUUCCCAAUUUUUACUCAUUUGCAUAGAUGUAAGAUAGGCCUCUGCUGUUAAUAACAGCAGAACUUUUAAGAUGUGUAAUUGGGAAAAGGACAGAUCACAACGUAUUGCUUUUUGUCGCUACAGUAUUGUUAGAUGAACUUGAAUAUGCAGAAGGCAGCUUAGUCUCAUGAGUGUUAAACGAAGCUUUGCAUUAUUUAUUCAUUUUAAACAUGCAAGCAUGAAUAAAUAACCAGAUUUCUAGACUCAUCGCUUUAUCAUUUGAAAUAGGACUUGUUUACCCAACAUCUUUGCAUUCGUUUCACUUCAGGCACCCAGGCCAGUGAACACGAACGAGCUUUGUUGAAGAAACUGUUUCACUCCAAUUAUGACAAGAAUGAAAGACCUGUUGUGAACGACUCAGAUACGGUGACUGUUGUAUUUGGGUUAACACUUAAUCAGAUUGUCGAUGUGGUAAGGAUUAUCUUCAGCUUUUUUAUUGUUUUCUGUAUCAUAAGUGUUCAUCGUCUGUAUCCCAAGGAUUGUCUUUAAAAAAAAAAAAAAAAAAAAAAAACGCUCUACUCAGGAAUACGCGAGGUGUCAAUAACUUUUCCCGUAAGCGGCUGCCUAUGGUUUAAUGGGCGGCUCUGUCCGGAGAUGGGCAACAAAACCCGUACACGAGACCUUGCCUGCAAGCUAAACAAGCGGCGCCAAGAAGUCUUAUAGGCGGCGAGGUAACUAGCUUUCCAUAAAAUCCCUGAGGGUACGCAACUGUGCUUGCAUAUAAAGCACACGCAUAGAGGGUGGGCUCAGGGAUACUACACACAGGACCAAAUCCCCCACCCCUCCCCCACUACCCGUACUCAACAAAUCACAGUGACAAACGUAAAUUUGAAGUCUCUGACCCUAAACAUCCUAACAUCAGUAUGCAUAUUCUCCAUACUGUUCUCUAUACAUACCUAAGGGGCUGACAAGGAGAAUUUGUUUAACAAACAAGAGCUUCCCUAGUUGGCGAUCAUUUCUUUUAUUCUCGUGAUCUUAAUUUUUGAUUCAGAGGAGACAUUUUAAGUAGAAGUUAGAUUUAAGUUAAUAAAACUUUCUCCCCCACUCUUGGUACUUAGAAUCUAAAAUUUCAGAUGCAAUAUCUUUGUAUUUUUUUUCUACAGGACGAAAAAAAUCAAAUUUUGACAACUAGUGCGUGGGUGAGACAGGUUAGCGCUCUUCUCUUUUAAACAUUUCUGAGACCAUUUGUUUCAAGUAAGGACUCUGUCUUCCGAGGAGUAAGCCCUGACUCGCCAAAAUCUUUCAUAUGUUGUAUCUUCGCUUAAAAAACGCUCGAGGUGAAUGUUAGCCGGCGAAAGAGUUUAAAUUGUGAUCUUAGCAAAUUUCCACAGCAACAACAACAAUAGCACAAAAAUGAUAGAGCCCGUUAAUUGUUGCCAGCACGCACACAUCACUUUAAAGUUGCGUCCUUCAAAGAAUUCCAAUUCCUGCCCACCUCUUCUUUUUUUUUUCGAUUCUGGAGGGCUUCCAAGAGUGUAUGUUCAUGCACGGAAGCAAAAUGUGGUUGAAUUAGAUGACGAAUCAAUAUUUUGCUAAGCGUGGGCAUCAGUGUAGUAAUAUGCAUAUAUAGUGCAGUCUGGAGACCAGAGUAAUGGAAAGUAAACACGAGCACAAACGUCGCGCUUAGAAAUAUCUGACAGUGAAAGCCAGGUGCACAGGUAACAGGCUUGCGGCAAAGCCACUAUCACAUCCCUGGUAAGUAUAUUUUGUCCAUGUAUAGUUGUGCUACAGUCUGACAUCAUGAAUAAUCAACAUUUGAAGUUGACUGAAGAUGUUUAUUGGUUUUUAGAUAUGGAAUAAUCCUCUGUUAGCAUGGAACAGUAGUGAGUUUGGUGGACUGACAACAAUUAAUGUCGCUCCGAAGAAUGUUUGGCUCCCUGAUCUUGUUCUGUAUGAAAAGUAAGUUUUAUCUCGGGCUAACCUAUGCCAACAUUCACACGGCAUUUAGUUGAACAGAACUCGCUUCAUUUAAUUCUAGCUGUUUAAACCCAACGGGCUGUUGUACAUUGUACUUUCUGUUAUCGUUCACUGAUCACGAACUGACCUCAUUGGUUUCCAUAGGUGCCUCACUGCUUAUUAAGAUUAUUAAGAUUUUUUAUCUCUCAAGUUCUGCGUAUUGAUUUUUGUUGAAUUGGCGGGGAAAAAUAUAUCAUCAUUACUUGCUUUUGUCUACGGCAUCACAAAAUUUCUCUUAAAUGGUAAAGAAAAAGCCUUGUUUUAAGUUAGCGCUCAAUAUUUUUUUUUUCUCAGAGAAGUACUACCUUUUGCAUGAUCAUGUAAAAAGUGUAUGAAAUGGCCAGGAAAAAAGGUUUUAAACAACAUGACUGUCAUCUAUCCCUGAAAAUGAAUUUAUACACGUCUGUUCAAUUCAAACUUUGUUCAAAACCUUGUCUCCGUCUUUUUAACAGUGCUGACGAUGACAUUAGCUUUGGUGGCAACUUGGACCGUAUGAACUUCAGAGUUGUUCUCCAUUACUCAGGAAAAAACGUCUGGCUUUCUCCAGUCACCUUCAAGAGCAAAUGCCGCAUCGACAUCAAGUAUUUCCCAUUCGACACUCAGAAUUGUAAAAUGAAAUUCGGUUCUUGGACUUACGACGGCUUUCGGCUAGAUGUCAUGAACGAAAGUUACUCGGCUGACCUCGGGAAUUACAUCGAUAGCGCCGAAUGGAAGUUGGUCGGUGCUCCUGCCAAACGCAAUGUUGUAACGUACUUUUGUUGCGAGGAGCCUUUCCCGGAUGUGACGUACACGAUUAUUAUUCGGCGACGUUCGUUGUUCUAUAUGAUGAACUUGAUAUUACCGCUGGUCAUAAUCACUGUGUUGAUAAAUGUGUCCUUCGUCCUCCCCGCAGAAUCAGGUAACUGCAUGAAUCGAGUUGCAUUUCUAAAACUUUCCACAAUAAUAUGUCGGUCUUCUUGAUGCUUCUCGUGAUUUGAGAUGUUUACACGGUAGUCUUGGAUCUGUUGAGCCUUUUUACUUAAGAGUGACCAAAAGAGGACUUUCUCCUCACAGUUUUGAUAAAUUUUUAAUAACAUCAGUGAUAUGAGUGGAAAUAAACUAUCGACCAGAGGGUAACAGAAAAUUCUUUAAGCUAAAAUUAUUAAAAAAUAUAUACGGAGGGAAAAGUGAAGUCCAGAUGAACGGUAAAUUAGGGGGUUCUCUAGGAGACCAGUCACAAUUUACAACCUGGGUGGAGGGGGGCGAAGGAUUCUUGGGGGGGUCCCAUCGUUUUCAAGGGGAACGGAGGGUAAAAUCAGCCUUCUCUUUAGGGGGAACUGUAGAAAAUUGACUGUCAAAUGGGGGGGGGGUGGUGGUGGUGGGAGGCAUUAGAAUACUGUAAAGCCUUAUGUAGGAUCAGGUAAAUUAUAUUCUGAUAAACUAUACUCCUCCGACUCUUCUCCCCCCUAAGUCAGGCAAUUAAUUCAUGGCACUGCGAGUAUCGAGUACCGUCCUAAUGGGAGAAUAACCGAAUAUUAACGCAAGUAUUUAUUCUCGGUGCAAAGUGUUCCAUUUGCCAACUAAGCAGAAGUAUUGUAUAAGUGUGUAAGUUUAACUAUUGUUUCCUUGCUCUUCACAGGUGAACGUAUUUCGCUCACAAUAACCAUCCUUCUUGCCAUGACAGUUUUCAUGUUGGUAGUGGCGGAAACGAUUCCUCCGUCUUCCGAUGUAGUUCCACUCAUUGCCAAGUUUUACAUGGCUGGUAUGGUUGAAAUGGCUAUAGGCUUGGUUUGGACCUGUUAUAUUUUGAAAUACUACCAUUCGGAUGUCAUCGAGAUGCCAUCGUGGGUUCGGAAGUACGUUCUCGGCCAUCUGGGGCACUUCUUCGGAAUCAGUAUGGAAAACCUUAAGCGCAUCCAGGAACACUCAAACCUUCGCAAAGAUACGGGUCGCAAGGCAACUAUUCAAACUGGUUUGGAAACAUCUGGUAGAAAGAUCACGAGCACUCUCAUUGUGCCAAACGGUCAAAGCAAAAACCCUUAUGAUAGCCAUUAUAGGCGUAUUCCUUCAGCGACGAACGGUUUCUCGUCACCGAUGCUAAAUGCAUCAGAUAUCUCUUUAAACCAAAUAGACGGUUUCCAGGAUCCGGUUCUCCAAAUUGGGGAGAGAAUUCUUGAAAGAGUUGACACACUUGUGGAGAAUUCGGUUGUUGACGACAGGCUGAACAAUCAUAAGGAAGAAUGGCGUAUUGCUGCCAUGGUGAUGGAUAAGUUGUCCCUUUGGGUGUUUGGGACCUCGGUUCUUGUCACUGUGCUAGCGUGUUUCUUGCAGGCGCCAGGUUACGUUGCAUGAUUCGUGUCGAAUAACAGAGAGAGCUGGUUUACACAGAAAUGUCUUUGGAUUAAAACUUUGUGCCUUUCCCUUUUGUCUUUAUCUGUGCGAGGUAGUCCAUUCUCCCACGAGUGCAAUGAGGAUAUUGAAUUUUAAGACUUCAAGCUGUAACUGCGACUUGUGCAUGAAUAGGGCUGGAAGUGUAGAUGUAUUCUUGCGUUUUGACUUGAGAAUUUCGUUGCUUAGCAGUAAAGUGAAUUGAACUGAGCUAUACGAAGGAGGUUGUACUCCACUAAAACGCUAGCGUGGCGUUAAUUAUAAAGCCACACACAUGUUACUUUAAGAAAUAAAAUGUUACUAUUAGUGAAUCUAGAUAAGUGCUCCCUCUCAUCGGAAAAAUUGCAAAAAAGUAUCCCCCAUCCUUAGGGAACCCGUGGUUUCAUACACGGUAAUCUCGUCGGCGGAAAUUGUCAAGUUAGUUACUAUUCCAUACUUUUCUUCAGUUUGUGUAAACGCUAGGUGAGGAAAAUAACCUCAGUUUCCAAAUUUCCACCAUUGAAACGUCAGGAUCGGCUUUUUAUCUUGAUUUACAGUUUAUGUAGUUGAUUCUUCGCCGAUGUUUUAGUACAAAAAGCGAUUACAUCUUGCCACGAGUUAGAAAAAUUUAAAACGCGCCCUACCUGGGUUUAACGCUGCUUGUCUUAACCUAAAUUUUAAUUAAAUGAGAAUUUAGCGUACAUGUGCCUUUUUAUAAAACGAAGGGUUUUACUAUUUAUGAUGUGAUGGGUAUUAAAUUUUAAUACUGACCUUUUUGGGAAAUCUCAUCAGGUUUGCCUUUACAGAAAAGGCCAAGCGGUUGUACGACUGAAUAUUUAUCAUACGAUAAAGUUAUCAGGCUGCUCUCAUCGUUUCCUUUAUAUUGCUUCUUUAAAUGAAUUUGAUUUCGCCGUUUAUGGUAUAAAGAUAGCGGGGUCUAUGUUGACCUUCAUUGUUUCAGUUCUCA